AUGGUUGAAAAAAAAAAAAAAAAAAAGUUUUAUAAACAAAAUAACAAAGAAAAUAAAAAUAAUAAUAAUAAUAAUAAUAAUAAUAAUAAUAAUAAUAAUAAUAAUAAUAAUAAUAAUAAUAAUAAUAAUAAUAAUAAAAAUACAAAAAAAUAA